CUUCCAAGAAACAGAGCCAAGCUGCACUAUUUCAAGCAUUAUAUAUAUUCCAUCCUCAUCUAAUUCCAUUGUGACAUAAAACAACAUUUCCUCCUCUUCUCCAAUCCAUUGUUUACAUUACAUUUGGUGCUCAAAUUGGAAAACACAAAGGUUUUAGCAUGGCUGCACCAUUGUCUGCUUGGCCUUGGGAAUUCUUGGGCAACUACAAGCUUGCUGUCUAUGGCCUUUUCCUGGGGAAAGCAAUGUACACCAGAUAUCAUGAAGAAGCCAUGGAUCAAAUCAAUUGGUGUCUUCACAUCUUCAUCAUAUGUAUGUUGAGACUCUUUGUACACCAGGUAUGGAGUUCUUACAGCAGCAUGCUGUUUCUCACGCGCAACCGACAAAUUAACAAGCAAGGAGUUGAUUUUAACCAGAUUGACAAAGAAUGGAACUGGGAUAAUUUUGUUAUACUUCAAGCUAUCAUUGCUGCUAUAGUGUUGUACAUGUUCCCAACCUUUGAAACACCAUCUCUGUGGAGCAAAAAUGGCCUCACUGCUGCACUAGUCCUUCAUGUAGCAGUCUCCGAGCCUCUUUUCUACACCGUGCACAGAUGCUUUCACGGAGAAUUUCUCUUUACACGUUACCAUUCGCUCCACCACUCAUCGCCCGUGCCACAGCCCCUUACCGCUGGGAAUGCUACAUUUUUGGAACAUCUUUUGCUGGCUGUUGUAGUUGCAGUGCCAAUUAUUGGUACUUUUGCAAUUGGCCAUGGAUCGAUAAGCUUGAUCUAUGCGUAUGUGUUGGUGUUUGAUUGCCUGAGGUGUUUUGGACAUUCCAAUGUGGAGUUCAUUCCUCAUCAGAUAUUUGAUGCAGCACCCUUCCUCAAAUAUCUACUCUACACUCCAACGUACCACAACCUACAUCAUGUUGAGAAGGACUCAAACUAUUGCCUUUUCAUGCCUCUUUUUGAUGCAUUAGGCAACACAUUGAACAAAAAUUCAUGGGAAGAGCAGAGGAAAAACAGUUUAAGCUCAGGUGUGAAUGGGAGGGUUCCAGAUUUUGUAUUCCUGGCACAUAUAGUCGAUAUGUCAUCUGCUAUGCACGCACCGUUUCUGGUCAGAUCAAUGGCCUCGUUGCCCUUCCACACAAGACUUUACUUGAUCCCGCUUUGGCCUAUCUCCUUCGCGGUGAUGCUACUGAUGUGGGCGAAAUCCAAAACUUUCUUGGUCUCGUUCUACUACCUAAGGGACCGGCUGCACCAGACGUGGGUUGUUCCCCGGUUCGGAUUUCAAUAUUUCUUGCCAUUUGCAGCAAAAGGCAUUAAUAGGCAGAUUGAAGAGGCUAUUCUAAGAGCUGACAGAUUGGGAGUUAAAGUCAUUAGCCUUGCUGCUUUGAAUAAGAAUGAGGCCCUCAACGGAGGUGGAGCGAUCUUCGUGAAGAAGCAUCCGAACCUCAAGGUGCGCGUGGUGCACGGGAACACUUUGACAGCAGCUGUGAUUCUUCGUGAACUCCCUCAAGAUGUGACUGAGGUGUUCUUAACCGGAGCAACUUCAAAAUUGGGAAGAGCUAUUGCUCUUUACCUCUGCAGAAAGGGAGUUAGAGUUCUUAUGCUAACACUAUCGACAGAGAGAUUCCGAAAGAUCCAGAAAGAGGCGUCGGCCGAUUGCCAAAAGUACCUUGUACAAGUAACAAAGUAUCAAGCUGCACAAAACUGCAAGACAUGGAUAGUAGGAAAAUGGAUCACACAUUCGGAGCAAAGAUUCGCCCCUCCCGGGACGCACUUCCACCAGUUUGUCGUUCCGGCCACAAAGCCAUACAGAAGGGACUGCACAUAUGGGAAUCUCGCAGCCAUGAGGCUACCGGAAGACGUUCAAGGGCUCGGAUCGUGUGAGUACUCAAUGGAUAGAGGGAUUGUGCAUGCUUGCCAUGCUGGUGGAGUGGUUCACUCACUUGAAGGUUGGAAGCACAAUGAGGUUGGAGCAAUAGAUGUUGACAGGAUUGACUUGGUGUGGGAGGCUGCCAUCAAGCAUGGUUUUAAGCUCAUCUCAGACACCAAACACAAGGAUUAAUUAGAUUCUAGAGCCACAAAUAAUGUAUACUAUGAAGCAACAUCUUCUUCUUUCUUUCUUUCUUUCACAUGAACAUCAUCAUUGCUUUCUGCUAUAACAAUUCCUUGCACUGAUUGUUGAGUUCA